AUUUUCACACAAUUUUUUCUCUCCCUCUCUUUACUCUCUAGUUUUGUUUUUUCCACUUGUGACUCUCCCUUCGGCCUUCCGCCUCGAUUUUCUGACUCCCCCCUUUUUAAAAUCCCCCACUUCCCCUUUCUCCAUUUCUCCAUCUUCUCCCCCUUCUUCACCCCCUUCCACUAGUUGAAACCUCUUCAACUUCCACUCUCUUUAAUGGUUCUGUAAUUCAUUCCCAUCUGAAACCGUCGUCUGAAUCUUCCAAAACUCCACAGCUUUGUGUGAUUGAUUGGUUGUUUGUUUGAUGAUGGCUCAAAAGCACUUGCACCAGCUGCUUGAAGAGGAUCAAGAACCCUUUCAUUUGAACAGCUACAUUGCUGAGAAACGUGUUAAUCUCAAAAGGGUUUCUCCUAAAUCCGAUUUGCAAGUCCACAAACGAAAACCCAUCUCCACAACUUCAAUUUUCCAGGGAAAUUUCUGCAGGAAUGCUUGUUUUACGUCCUUCCAGCCCUCGCCGGACCUUAGGAAAUCGCCGCUCUUUGAGUUUCAUUCCCCGGCUAGAAACAGCCCCAAUGCUAUUUUCCUCCAUGUCCCGGCCAGGACUGCCGCUCUGCUUCUUGAAGCCGCUCUCAAGAUUCAUAAACAGAAAUCGUCUCCCAAAAUUAAAAAGACCCAGAUUAAGAAUCAAGGGCUUGCGCGGUUUGGGUCGGUUCUAAAGAGAUUAACUCUUCGAAAUCGAAACACCAACCGUCAAUCUGAAGCUUGCGGUAGUGGAGGGGAUUUGGCGUCGUUUGGGCAAAGAAAAAGCUCCAUUCGAAGGAAAUUAACGCAGGGUGAGACCAGCUCCUACAAUGGAAGGUCUAGCUAUGGCUUCUGGUCGGAGAGCAACGAAGAAGAAAGAUCAAUGGAUUUGGGGACUUCGUGCAGUAGCCAAUCUGAGGAUUCAGAGGAGACUUCUGUUGCUUAUUUGGGGGGAGAUUACUGCGAAAGCCCUUUUCGAUUUGUUCUCCAGCGAAGCCCGUCCUACGGUUGUCGGACGCCGGRUUUCCAGUCGCCGGCGAUCUCUCCCUGUCGCCGUAACAAAGAGGACAAAACGAUUGACGGUGGAGAAAGCUUGAAGAAAUUUCAGGUGGUAGAAGAUGAAGAAGAUAAGGAGCAAUGUAGUCCUGUGUCUAUAUUGGACACUCCUUUUGAUGACAGUUACGAUGAACGGCAUGACGACCGGGUGAGGGACAGGGUCGAAGAUUACGAUUUGGAAUGCAGCUAUGCAGCUGUCCAAAGAACGAAGCAGCAACUAUUAAACAAGCUUCGCAGAUUCGAGCGACUCGCAGACUUGGAUCCAAUUGAACUCGAGAAAAUAAUGGUAGACGAACAACAAUACGAGAGAGAUUACGACUACUUUAGUAGUGAAGAAUGUGAAUAUUACAAGUCACCAGUUCAGUGGCAUAAUGAAAAUGACAUCGAAUGGUUUGUGAAAGAGGUUGCGAGCGAUACAAGCUCUUGCAAAUCCCAACGAUUCCUCCCUCAAGACAUGAGGAAACUUGUCAUAGAUCUCAUUGCAGAAGAAGAGGCAGAUCAAAGAAAUCGCAACACGAGAGAGGAGGUGAUACAAAGGGUUUGCAAGAGGUUGGAGCUGUGGAAAGAGGUGGAAUUCAACACCAUAGACAUGAUGGUGGAAGAAGAUUUGAAGAAGGAAGUUGAUGAGUGGAAGAAAAACCAGGAGCAGAGAGGAGAGGCAGCCAUUGAUUUGGAGCUUGCAAUCUUCAGCCUGCUGGUGGAGGAAUUGGCAGUGGAACUUGCUCCUUGAAAAGGCAAAAGUUUUGGCAAAGUUUCUACUAAAUCUUGCUGCGCCGAAGCUUUUUCUUUCACAAAAUAUUAAUUCAAUUGGUUAUUGAACUGUAGUGUAGUACAUGAACUAUAUGUAUAUGUAAUCAUGUAUGUAGCAGAGGGUGGCCUAGGAGUCUUUGCUCAAUGGUCAUGUAUAUUCUAAAUGCCUUUCACAUCCAAAACGUCAUUUCAUUUA